UCCUGCCCCGCUCGGAGAACGUCCCGGUCAUGGAGCUCGCCAAGCCGGCCUUCCCCGCGCUGCCGCAGGCCAAAGAGGACUCUGAGGAUUGGACCUAUCCGAUGAGGAGAGAGAUGCAGGAAAUUUUACCUGGGUUAUUUUUAGGCCCAUAUUCUUCAGCUAUGAAAAGCAAGCUACCUACACUUCAGAAACAUGGAAUAACCCAUGUAAUAUGCAUACGGCAAAACAUUGAAGCAAAUUUUAUUAAACCAAACUUCCAACAGUUAUUUAGGUAUUUAGUCUUGGACAUAGCAGAUAAUCCAGUUGAGAACAUAAUACGUUUUUUCCCUAUGACUAAAGAAUUUAUUGAUGGAAGUUUACAAAGUGGAGGAAAAGUUCUUGUCCAUGGAAAUGCAGGGAUUUCUAGAAGUGCUGCCUUAGUUAUUGCAUACAUAAUGGAAACAUUUGGGGUGAAGUACAGGGAUGCAUUUACUUAUGUUCAAGAAAGAAGAUUCUGUAUUAAUCCUAAUGCUGGUUUUGUCCAUCAACUUCAGGAAUAUGAAGCCAUCUAUCUAGCAAAAUUAACCAUCCAGAUGAUGUCACCACUGCAGCUGGAGAGAUCCCUUUCGGUUCCUCCUGGUACUACAGGAAGCUUGAAGCGAAUGCAUGAAGAGGAUGAAGAACUUGGAACCAUGCAAGUGGCAGCAGCACAGAAUGGAUGAUGCCUGAGGACAAGCAUUGGUGGUACUGCAAAUUCCUGUCAAGAAAGGUGAAGAAAAAUAGGGAAAAAACAAACAAACAAACAACAUUAAAGCAAAAUGAUGAACUCACACACACACACAGAGCUUCUUUUCAAUUACAUGUUGCUUUCAGAUGUGAAUCUGCCUCUGCAACACACUAAGCAUCAUUUUUAAGAUGUUGGACUUCUUGAAUGACUAGAUGGCACUGAUUGUUUUACUCCUUUUUUACACUUUACAGUUUUAUUCUAAACCAAGAUUUUUUGGACUUGCAAAGAGGUAUUAUUGCA